UUAGUGCAGACAGUGUGGUGGCCGAGUGUGGCCACAUCUGGCCUCUUUUGUACGACUAUUUUCUGACUUACCCCUUUAACCCGCGAAAAUUUUCUCUAAGGGUCUCGAAACAUCUCCUAAUUUCGAGCGCCCGUUUUUUUAAACCACCGAAAAAUAAAUGUGAAGUGACAGUUGACAUUCUAUUUAUUUUUCUGUUGACUCGCUCCUGAACUCCAUCUCGAUUCAGUCUCACGCGUGUGCCACCAGUUGCUCAUUGCAUAACAGUGAAUCUUUAUCUAAUAGAGUUUCCAAAAAUUUUUGAAUACUAAAAUUCGUACAAUUUUUCAAAAUUUUUUUUUGUAGCAAUCAAUAGAUUUGUUUAUUUGUUUUAUCGACCGUGUUGUGAAUUACUACUGUUUUAUUUUAACAAAAAUACUUGGGCGGCGUGAUACUCUGCUGGCCUCUGUCGAAAUAAACGGGGGGUAGAAGGUACUGGAGAGAAAAGACUGAAUAUGGCGGCAGGAACGUGUCCUACCUGAAGAUUAAAUAAAAAAACAACCAGGAUGGUGUUGGUGGUAAACGGAGUCCUGCAAGAGGAGGCUCCGAUAGACAGCCGAUCACUUUAUGGAGCGCAUCCAAUUUAUCGUGAGACAGCAGCUCAAUUGCAUUCGAUGCCCGCUAAAUUAGUGGGUCCAGUGGGCCUUCUCUAUGUACAGCAACGAGAAAUGGCCGCAACUCUUCCGCAUGAUAAGAACGUGAGUAUUCUUGGCUCAGACGACAUGACCACGUGUAUAAUUGUCGUUGUUAGACAUUCUGGAUCGGGUGCUGUUGCGCUGGCGCAUCUUGAUGGCGCUGGUACUGAAGAUGCUGCGGCUGCGAUGGUCCAGAGGGUGACGGAACUCGCGCUGGGUUUUCCUGAAGGCCGAGUUGAGCUACAGCUCGUUGGUGGUUACUCUGAUCCACGAAAUUACUCUGAAGAAUUAUUUUACAAUAUUUUAUCUGCCUUUCACAAGCAACCUAUCGAGAUCGACCUGACACUUUGCUGCGUGGGCGAGCUUAAUACGACAGUGAGAGGAGGAAUCCAUUGGCCCGUAAUAUAUGGAAUUGGGCUGAAUGUCAAGACCGGUGAGAUAUUCCCGGCAACGUUCCCGGACAAGGGCCCAGACCAGGCUUUGAGGUCGGCGAGGCAUUUGACAGGUGGCCAGCAAGUUCUAGAUGUUUACGAUUGUGGACUUGGACUCUUGAGAAUCGGACCUUUCAACUACGACCCACUUCGUGGAGUUGAUUUGUGGCUGGCGCAGUCUGAUCAGUUUAUUUUACAACAUUUAUCUACUUCACCAGAUGUUGAACCACCUCAUUUUGUUUCUCAAAUAAGAGCAACAUUAAAAUAUAUACAAGACAAUCAAUUUCCGGCUGUGACAGUCUUCCGAGAUAAUAGGCCUCAUUACUACCGCCGAGAUGAAACAACUGGAGUUUGGCAGCCGAUACGAUACGACACUAAUUUUUAAUAAUUAUAAAUAAAUUGCGUUAUUCGUGCAAUAUUUACAUACAAUUUAUCUUGUUUUCAAACCACGGCCACCUUUUUUUAGAUUUAAGCUAAACGGUUUAUUUUACGCCGUACAUUUUUUGUGGUCGAGUAAUCGAUCUGCCUUUGCCAUAAAAAUUUUUAGUUUAUUAUUAUUAUUAUUUUUAUUACUACGACUAAAAAAAAUGGAGAAAGGUAGAAAGAUACGAUGUAUAUACUUUUGUUGCCUAAGCUCGCCAUUUAUCAAAAUUUUCUUAUCAAUUGCGUCUAUUUGAUAACAAUCAUUUUUUUCCGUGUCUAUAAAUCGAUGGCUGUUAUAUUGUUGUAAAAAAAAAUAAAUAUCGUUGAUUACUAAGAAAAAAAAAUUUUAAUAAACAAAACCGUCCGUAAAAAAAUUUUUUUAAUGUGAAGACGCUAUUACUUGGGUGUUAAUUAAAAAUAAUGAGCGAGCUUAGUCUAGAUAUUAAUUACGAGAAAAAAAAUAUAUUUUUACUAAAAAAAAAAGUUGUAAAGAGACGAUUUAUGAAGCAGGAAAUUAAUAAAUAAAUAAAUAUUAAAAAAUAAAAUUUUUUAUUGUAAUUUCAGGGAAAAUUUAAUUUUGAUCUGCGCUGAUCUGAAUCUCGCAUUCUGAUCUACAAAAAUCCACGAAGACCGAAAUAAAAAAAAAAGAAAAAAUCUGAAAAUUUUGAGCGGGAAAAGAUUUCGGGGUCGCGGUGCCGCGACUAUUAAACCGCCGACACUUCAACCGAACGACAAUUCAACCAACAAAAAAUCUCUGAUAAGAGGGCACCUAAAUAAGGGGGCCCGGGUUAUUUGCAGUUGAAGUGUCGUUCGGUUGACCUGUCGUCGGUUGAACUGUCGUCGGUUGAACUGGUCGUCGGUUGAACUGUUACUGAACCGGCAUCGCGGGGUAACGGAAUUUAGAUCUAAGAAGAUCUAGGAAAAUUUUAGUAGAUCUUUGGAAAAAUGUGGAUCUAAAUUUUGAAAAAAAAUAAGCGAUGAAAUUUCGUAUGGCAGAAUUAUUUUUUCCCGAGUUAAAACUGAGUAAAGUUUGUUAUUGCUUACUCAAGUUUAUUUUUAUCGUUAGUCUUUUUUAUUUUUCUUAAGUUUUAAGUUUUAAUGUAACAGAGUUUGAGGAUAAAAAUAAGUUUUCUUGUCUCGAGUCAAUUACACCGGUGGAUUUAAAAAGAAAGACCGUCAUUGUCAAGUAAAUAUAAGAUUU